CCUCCCUCUUCCUCUCUCCUCCCUCAACCUGUGUGCUCGUUUAGAUUAUCUAUGUAUUUUCUAGUGCAGAUGUAGCUCUUAGUCUUUGACUCAUCGCCGUCUAGUCCACACAAAUUAUUGCUCGUAGAUAGCCGGUAGAAGUCGUCAGGGAAAUCUUCAAUCACUCAUUACUAAUGAAUCAGUAUUGGCCUUUUUUUCAUGAGGCAAUGGGAGGAAAAAAAAGAAAAUGUUACUAAAAGUUGGUGGUAAUUGAUGAUUGGUAGUCCCUCUGAGGCUACUGACGUUCGCCCCACAAUGCAGGUAAAGCUGCGGGCGACUCCUAUCCUAUCCUACCUACUCACUGCGUGCUGACACCUACUGUUUUCUACUGCCCCGUGCAAAUGUGAUUGAAUCACGGACAACGGGGACGCCGCACUUUUGUAUUAUUAUUACGGUCUGUCUUUUUUCUAGUUAGGUCGGCUCCACCACACAAAUUAUUAUUAUGGCUAAAAAGACUACACUUGGUAGACGCCCAAAGCACAAAAGGAAAACACCCGGGGAUAAACUGCAAGAUUCGUCCUCAUCAAGUAAGACGAGGGAAGAUGAUCAUUUUCAUCUGCAGUCAAGUCAACAGUCAAGUGAGAUGAAGCACGAAGAUCUUCAUCGAAGGCCUCCAACUGACUCGGAUCGUCAAAACAGCCAAAGGCAUUGGGAUCAUCGACUGGGAGAGGAAUAUUAUGAUUGAACACGCCUGACUUCCAGGAAAUACCUGAAGUUCUUGUGCUAAUCACGAUAAACAAGGAACAGUUUUAGUUCGUGAUUAACACAAAGUAAUGACAGUUUCAGUACGUUAUUCCUAUUUCUUUCUACCUUCGCCUUUUCUCUAAUCCUACGGUUUUUUCCAGUCCCUUGCUACUGACCUUGCAGCAGAGCUGAGGCUGUAUAUGCAGGCGCACAGCAUGCAGUUUCUCUAUCGAACAGCAAGUUCGCAGUUGGUCAGUUUCGUCGACGGGCACGGUUCCUUUUUGAUUAGUGCGAUCUUCUCGGCUCUUCAUCAUGCCAACGGGCACUUCACCACGCAGAGAGGAAAAUAGAGCUAGUCGGUGUGAAAGAGGGGUCAUUCUGAACUAUACCUAAAUGGUCUGGAAACUAUAAUUGGACGGAAUAUAAUUUUUAGUACCUUUAUGGGAUUUUUCGUACAGGACGAAUUCUUUAGAACCGGCUGUAUUUGCACAGAACACAUGCAUCAGCGUCAAAAGAUACCUCCAGAACAGGUA